CUUUGGAAACCAACCAUCACUUGACUUGCUCUUUCGCUUCCCUUUUGAGGACAAAUCGAAUCGAUCCUUCCUCUUUUUCUACAGUUCAGAAUCAGAUCGGAGGAAGAAGCGAAAAGAUGGUCGCUCCGGCGGUGCGAUUCUCCAUCAUUCCUCUAAUUCGGGGCGGCGCCGCCGCUGUCACCGUGCUCGUCCUCGUCUGGGCCGUCCACUUCCGGGGAGGAUUGGCUCUCAUCUCCGAGAACAAAGACCUUAUUUUCAAUGUGCAUCCUGUGUUGAUGGUGAUUGGCUUCAUACAUCUAAAUACCGAAGCUAUACUAGCAUUCAAGACAAUGCCGGGAACUAAAAGCUUCAAAAAAACAGUACAUCUUUCGAUUCAAUUUCUUGGUUUAUGCCUGGGGUUAAUUGGUGCAUGGGCUGCUCUGAAGUUUCACAAUGACAAGGGCAUUGAUAACUUCUACAGCCUGCAUUCGUGGUUGGGCAUUGCAUGUCUUCUACUAUUUUCCAUUCAGUGGGCUGUAGGCUUUGCUACGUUUUGGUAUUCUGGUGGCUCAAGAAAUAGCAGAGUGACGCUGCUUCCUUGGCAUGUGUUUUUUGGGGCAUACAUCUAUGCUCUUACUGUAGUCACAGCAACAACGGGCCUCCUUGAAAAGGCUACUUUUCUUCAGACUAACAAGACGAUCUCGCGCUAUUCAAACGAGGCUUUUUUAAUCAACUUUUUAGGCAUUUUCCUUGUACUUCUUGGUGGUCUUGUUAUUCUCCUGAUUAUUACACCACAAUCUCCGGCAACUGACCUGCAGAGGAAACUCUGACUUCGAAUUACUCAUUUUAUUCUGGACGGUCCAUGAUGAUUCCUUCCAGGAAUUAUACUUGCACAUCAUUACCGUGAGCUUGGUCUGUGCGAGUUUAGAAAUCUGAAUUAUCUUCACUUUUUUUUUUCUUCCGUUGUUUCUAAUCUGGUUGUUUGAUUUUAUCUGUCCUGAGACUAUGUAGUUUCAUUUUCUGAGAAAACAAUUGAACUAUGGCCUUUUAUCAAAGUGAUGUUUGAUUUGUGGA